GGAGAGCACCACAGGGCUGAAUGUGCACCUGUAUGAAUGUGUGAGAGAGGACAGUGUUGGGACACUUACUGAUCUGAGGACAGUUGAUAGAACGAACUGACCUGAAAGUGCAGCAGCAGCAGCAGUCAUGUUUUGUGCAUUUCCUGGUCCUGGGUCAGCCAGCAACUCACUUAUGUAUCACUGUAGCAAUGGGAAAGAGGUGUGCUCUCCAUCUCCAAAUGCUGAGGAACUGAAAAGAGAUUCUACUUCAUACUCAUCAUUUAAGCUUCCCAGCACAAGCUUCACGAGCCCAUUUUUUGAUGGGACAAACAGCUCUACACACCCAUGGAGUUCAGCCAGUGGGAUCAGUCCAUCAGGUCAUGGAGGCAUGCUGGGAUUCUCAUCAUCUAGCCAAUCGCUGUCUGGGAACAAUGGCAAAGUGCCAGCACAUGACCGUCUGAACAUACUACCUAAUCCAGCACCUCAAGUCAGCAAGUGUCUUCCGCCAAUGUCCUCUUUUCACAGAGGACGUGACAGUGCGUCACUUUUUGUUUCUUCACCCCAUACCACACAUGGCAGUUUCACAGAUACGCCCAUGGGUGGUCAGGGGAACACUACUGGAGGCUCACAAACUGGAGAUGCUCUCGGGAAAGCCCUGGCUUCUAUUUAUUCUACUGAUCACACCAAUAGCAGUUUUCCAUCCAGUUCAUCCAUUCCAGGGAGAUCAUCACCUCUGGCUGCUUCUACUCUUUCAGCAGGAGCUAACCAAUGGCCUCGAUCAGGUGGACAGACAGUACCUUCAUCCAGUUAUGAAAAUUCAAUGCAGUCACUGGUGGAGGAUAGACUGGACAGGUUAGAAGAUGUCAUUCAUGUCCUACGAAACCAUGCAGUGAGUGGGACAAAUAUUAACCUGACCAAUGACAUGCGCAAUCUAAUCGGACUCACAUGGCAAGGACCGAUCACAAUGAGAUCAAACUGCCCCAUCACUGGACUAGUGACAAAUGGAUUACCAACAGAUGUGUCUGCAGCAGACCCAGGUGAGGCAGCUCAUUUGGGCACACACUCUUCUGAUUCUCCCUCCUCUUCUGAUCUGACUAAUCAGGAAGACAGCUUCAGAGCUCUGGCAGCAGGGCUGCUCUCCAGUGUGUCAUCAGGUACUCUGGAGGUGAAAACAGAGCCAUGUGAUGUGGAAGAUUUUAGACUGCACCAGACCCACCCCAGGAACUUGUCUCACCCUCCACAUUCCAGCUCUCUGUCUCACUCUUCCUCCAGUGGUCUGCAUUCUGAUGAGGAGAGUGACAUUAGAGAGCCUGAAACACCCAGCAAUGAUCCUGCUAACAGAACCAGCAUCCUUGAGGAUGACGAGCUGUCUCCAGAGCAGAAGGCUGAGAGGGAGAGGGAGAGAAGGUUGGCAAAUAAUGCUCGUGAGCGUCUGCGUGUGAGGGACAUCAACGAGGCAUUUAAAGAGCUAGGCUGCAUGUGCCAGCUGCAUCUGAAAAGCGAUAAGCCCCAGACCAAGCUACUCAUCCUGCACCAGGCCGUCGCAGUCAUCCUUAGCCUAGAGCAACAGGUCCGGGAGCGAAAUAUGAACCCUAAGACUGCAUGCUUGAGGAGGAGAGAGGAAGAGAAGGUAUCAGCCAUGACACUGGAUCCCCAGUCCAUGCGUACAGUCAUUCAUGCAACACAGCCUGAUCAAGUCACCGGCCAUCUUUGACAGCCUGUGUGUGUGUGUGUGUGUGUGUGUGUGUGUGUGUGUGUGUGUGUGUGUGUGUGUGUGUAGAAUGAGAGAGUCUGGUGUAUUUCCUUAAAUAAUAUUUUCUAAUAGCCAGGAAUACUAUGUAUGUUUUGCAACUUUUCGCUCUCCUCUAUAGCACUUUUAUAACCGUUAGCUUUAGCAUUGACCUUACACAAUCCUGCUCCCAAAAAAUAAAAGAAAAAACUCUGUUUCACUGUUUAUAUGUACACAGAUACCUGAGUAACCUGUUUUCUCAUUUGCAUUAAACUUCCUGAAGAGUCAUUUCCAUCGGUUAUGUUAGCAUUCUCCUGCAACGAUAUAUAUUAAAUUUUAUAUUGUUCCUGUCACAUUAUCCUACUUAAUGCCAUUAUCAUGGACCUCAAUACCGUAGCUGAGUUUCCUGUUGUUUCACUCUACUGUACGUCUUUGAUUAGGCUCCAGUUCUGAGGAAACAAUUUCAUCUUAAUCACAUGAUUAGUUUUUACUUUUACAUGCUUUGUGAUAAACAUAAUGGAGUAUGGAAGCAAACACUAAUAUUUUGUCAUACUUUUUUUUUUAC